AUGAAACGAAAUAAUAUCAUCAAGUUCUUUAUGGUAACAAGCAAUGUCAUCGUUGGGACUAACAUACAGAGUUUCUUGGGUGAUGCAGUACUCGUUGCCAUUCCAAAUACACAAAUACGAAACACGAAAUUUGUGGGUCGUGGAUUGCGGUUACGGGUCACCGAUUGCAGUGUCGUUGUAAAGAAAGGGAGUAGAUCGCCGGUCUUUCAUCUAUUUCGCCGAAUUGCCGGUGGUGUAAAUCGAAAACGACGCCUUGGAUUUACUAUAUCAAUCACUACAAGUACGUCCGCUGGCUUAGAGCAGAUCUUACCUUGGUUAUUUUAUCACAAGGUUAUCGGUGUAUCGAACUUUUUCCUGUUUGUUGAAGGAAAAGCUGCAUCCCCCAAUGUAUCUAAAGUGCUAGAAUCCAUUCAAGGAGUAAGAGUUAUAUAUAGAACAAAAGAGCUAGAAGAUGCACAAGCCAAAAGUCGGAUUUGGAAUGAAACUUGGCUGGCUGGAUUCUUCUACCAACCAUGCAACUACGAGUUGUUUGUUAAGCAGACUCUUAACAUGGAAAUGGCCAUCGUCAUGGCAAGGAAAGCUGGCGUGGACUGGAUAAUUCAUCUUGAUACUGAUGAGCUAUUACAUCCAGCUGGAGCUAGUGAGUAUUCUUUACAGAGACUUCUGGCAGAUUUACCCGAAGAUGUUGAUAUGGUGAUCUUUCCUAAUUAUGAGAGCAGUGUCGAGAGAGAUGAUGUGAAAGAACCUUUUAGUGAAGUCUCGAUGUUCAAGAAGAAUUUCGACCAUCUCCCGAAAGACACCUACUUUGGUAACUACAAGGCAGCAACUCGUGGUAAUCCAAACUACUUUUUGACUUAUGGAAAUGGCAAAUCUGCUGCGCGAAUUCAAGAUCAUCUUCGUCCUAAUGGUGCUCAUAGAUGGCACAACUACAUGAAAAGCCCAAAAGAGAUCAAACUGGAAGAGGCUGCUGUUCUGCACUACACAUACCCCAAGUUUUCAGAUUUAACUUCACGACGAGAUCGUUGUGGAUGUAAACCUACAAAAGAAGAUGUGAAAAAAUGCUUCAUGCUAGAAUUCGACAGAGCUGCUUUUAUAAUAGCUUCAACUCUGACGGAAGAGGAAAUGCUUCGCUGGUACCGUGAACAUGUUGUUUGGACAGAUAAAGCACUCACCCGGAAGCUUAUCAAGAAGGGCAUACUGACACGCAUAUAUACUCCUAUGUCCAUCAUACAGGUUUUGAAGGAAUCUGGCGUUUUUGCUUCUGCUAUUGCAUCAUCAAAUAGAGAUAUCAUAAAAGAAGAGUCUUUAUCUUCUACCGGAAACAGAAACGCUUCUGGAUAUCCUCAUACUACUGAUACUUUUCCGAGAAAGAUGGGUCGUAUACUGGAACCUCAUGCAACAAGAAAGAAAUUCCUGGAAUUUAAUGAAACUGAUCAUCCGGCAAUUCCACCCGAAUCACCUCCUGGCAUGGAUAGAAUUCACCUAGACAAAAUACCCUCUGAACAUUGAAGAAAAACACUGAUAUAUCCUCGGGAAGAUGGCUGUACAUGAGUUGUGUCCAUACUGGAAAUUCGUCUCAUAGGAUCGCUGAGUAUCUAGCCAAGAAUUCAGUUUCAUAUCUUAGAUAGAGAAGUAUUCUUAUAGAUAUUGCCUGUUCUUUCUUCUCAUUCUUUUUUCUCCAUUUUUUCUACCCCAGUGAAAGUUCGAUAUGUAUACAUGACAGAAUGAUUUGGAGAAUGACAAUUUUAUUCAUGGGGUACAUUUAUCA